AGCAAAUCCCUCAACUCGUGGAGGUCGGGAGUCGUAGUCGAGCGAACCUCGGACCCCCCGAGAGCUAUUCGUCAGACGUAGACAGAGGUAGACGCGGCUUUGAGCUCGAGGUACUAUGCUUCGAAGGAGGACCAAGUAUGUCAAAGGUUCACAACGACGCAAUAAUGAGCGAUCCGACAGAGCAGGAAUUUGUUGGCGCCACGCGAGCUCUUGAUCGCCUCAGCCGCAUCGGUUGUGCACCAUCAGCAAACACUCUUUCGCAGUGUGUGCGCGCUGUGUCUGUCAGCACACACACCGUCAACAGAACGUGGAAAUCGUGUUCAGAACCGUGUUCGAAUCCAUCACUUUUCUCAAUUGGAGCUCUCAGAGGAAACAGAUAUGGCAGAUGAUAGCCAAAGCACGCAGUUCCAAGUCCCCAAAGUGUCUCGCGAAGAAAUUCUACAAUGCAGCUUCCCCCGAUGGUACGCCCAGUUCGAGAAAGUGACUCCUCUAUCGUUCGUCGUCGAACUCCCAGAAGACUUUGUGAAAUACCUCCUGUCUGACGACACGAUACGUUUACCCGGUAAAAUGUACGAAUGGAGACGAGAUCAGAACUCAGACGACGAAGAUUCGGAUCCCUGGUCAGAUAUCGAAGAUGAAGACGAUUUGAAUGAGGGAGAGACCGCGGUGCCAAAGUUCGAGGAGCUCUCACGCAAGGUCAUGAAGAAGAUCCGGAAAUUGGGCGGGCGCUGUUUUCCCAAGCUAGAUUGGAGUUCGCCCAAAGAUGCGUCGUGGAUCGCUCUCAAUCGUACCUUGAGCUGUAGCACUUUCAUCGAUAUCUGCCUCUUAUUGAAAAGCUCAAGCAUAACGACUCAUGAUCUCGUAGAUCCAUUCGAGUAUGCUCAUCCUGCGGACCCAGGCAAAGGAGACUCCGAGAAUCAGUCAUUGAAACAUCAUCUCAUCUUGAGGAAAUGGGUCGAGAUCGAACCAUCAUUCGAGUUCCGAUGUUUCGUCAACAACAGGAAACUGAUCGGGAUUUCUCAAAGGGAAACGAGCCAAGUCUACUCCCACAUAGCCGAGCAGAAGGAUCAAAUCGUCACCGACAUCGUGUCAUUCUUCAGCGAAUACAUCGAAAACCGUUUUCCUUUGAGAAACUACGCUUUCGACGUUUUCCGAACGAAGAAGGACUACGUUCGUUUGCUCGAUUUCAACCCGUUCUGCCAGCAGACCGAUGCCCUGCUGUUCACUUGGCAAGAACUCCAUGGAAUGGGCGCGCAAGAAGCACCCGUCUUCCGAUUCUCCGCUCACGGCGGGGGCAUAAGAACUGGGAGCUAUCAAAACUAUGCACUGCCAAUAGAUGUGAUUCGUUUUGCUCAUUCGACCAAUUCUGAGAAACUCAUCGACAUGUUGCAUAUUCAAGAUAUCCAAAGGGACCAGCAGGAUUCGACGGAUGACGAUGAGAGCUCAUGA